UAUUUAGAGUAUGACUAAAAAAUAAGUUAUACCCACUAAAACGUGAGUAAGAUUUUUUUUUGUUUGAAUAGUAAUUAGAAUAAUUGUAGAAAAAUGCAACUUGAACUAAACAUACCAUUCAAUCAAAACCCUAAUUGGUAAAACUUCAGCUGAAACCGGCGUAAAUGUUUUUUCAUCCGUAACAUUAUCGUUAUUUGUGUUAUUCAGUCACACCCAUAAUCUUUUUUGUUGCCUUCUUGGAACUUUGGGCUAGAGCUAGAGACAACAUGAACCUGAUUAACCGCAUUUUUGGAAUCGAGCUCUCACGUUAAAAGUUAGAGUGGCUAAUAUCUAUACUACCCUUAAUGAAUUUUCUAUAUAUACUAUUUCUUAUAUAAUUAAUUUAUUGAUCUAUAUGUCACGUUUGAUGUAUGUCUCCUUUUCAUUAUAUGAUUUGGUUUAUUUCAACAUAAUUUGUUUCUAUCUUUAAUUCGUCAUUAUUAUCCCUAUUAUCAUUGGAUUUAUCUUUCUAAAUAAAACAAACUAUUUAACCUAUAAUGUGUAUAUAUAUGUAAGUUAAUCCACACGUCCGUAAAAGCUUCAAAAUCAAACUUCUAAUAUCUUAAUAACAUGUCUCAUCUACGAAGGAAGCCAGCUACUUUAGUCUUUAUUGAUGAUAUUAAACCAGGGAACAAUAGUUACAAAUUAAAAGUGCAGGUUAUGAAAUUGUGGAAGCUAUGGAGAUCAAAAAAAGUUGUCUCCAUUGAGAUGGUUCUUGUGGACGCAACUGGAACAAGGAUACAUGCAUCCAUUGAUGAGGAUUUGAUACAAAUAUAUGAAGGAAAAGUGUUUGAGGGUGAUGCUUUUUUUAUAAGCAAUUUUACACUUGUGAAUUAUGCAACAGAGUAUAGGACAAAUCCUUUUCCGUACAAGUUGACGUUUUAUCGAACGACAAACAUUACUCCUUGUGAUGAUUUUCCUUCUUACUUGCCAAACAAGUAUCUGAAGAAUUUUUCAGAGAUUCAUUCUGGGAUCUUCAAGAAUGAUGUUUUGAUUGAUGUUGUUGGUCAGAUUGUUCAUGUUGGUGCUCUCACUGAAAUUUAUGCUAAAGGGAAACAAACUAACAAACUCAAUGUUAUUCUUCGGGAUGAAACUGCUUCAAAUUUGACUUGCACUCUUUGGGGUGAUUAUGGGAAACAGGUUAUAGACUAUGUUGAAGAAAAUAACAACUCAAUUGUUGUUUGUGUUGUGCGUUUUGCAUGUGUGACCGAGUACAAAGGAGUUCACGGUAUUUCGAAUGUGUUUAAUGCAACACAGUUGAUAUUCGAUCCUCCUGGUCCUCAUUUUGAUGAUUUUCGAUCAAAGUUGCCAAAAGAUGACAUUAUUCUCUCACGAGAUGAUGGAUUAUCUGGAUCUACUGUUUCUUGGCAUGAUGAGUUAUUUACUAAAAACCCUAGGAAGACAUUAAGAGAGAUAUUAAGAACUUCCGAGAUUGGAAAGUAUGUCACCACUGCAACUGUUAAGUCGGUGGAAACUAAUCCAAGAUGGUAUUAUGUCGUGUGUGCUGUUUGCGAAAAGACCGUUCAUCCAAUUGAAGAAAACCCUGGUGAUGAAGAGGGCCCAGUCAUGUUUGAUUGUCUACAAUGUAAUCGGAAUGUAACUGAAGUUCUAGCCAAGUUUAAGCUGGUGCUAUUGGUUACUGAUGAUUCCACUGAAGAAGCUAAGUUUCUUAUUUUCGACAAUAUAGCUUAUCCUAAUUUUCUUAAUAAGACAGCAGAUGAAUUAGCUGAGGAAGUGGCUGAGGUAUAAUGAUUGUGUUAUUGUCUUUUUUAAUAUAUAUAUAUAUAUAUAUACUGAUAACAAAAUUCAACAUAGAUUCUGAUUAUUUUUUAAAAUCUAAGGAUGAUGACUCUGUUUUGCCAAGAACUCUGAACGAUCUAAUAGGCAAAACAUUGCUUUUCAAGAUGGGUGUUACGUCCAAAAAUUUGAAGAGUAGGAAGUCAACUUUUAUAGUUGACAUAGUCACAGAUGAUGAAGUGAUCAUUGAACAGUUUUUGACUCAGAACUUAUCAAAGGUAUAUUCAAAUUCUUAUUAUAAGUCUGUUUAUUGCUUUACUCUAAUUAUUUAAGAACUUUGAUUUACAGGAUGCUACUAUUUCAUAUGCUGAUGAUGCUUCGCAGUGUUCCAUUAUGAAAAAUGGAAAUAAUAAAAGGCUGGGUGUCAUGGACGAUGGUGUUGUAAACAAACGAAGGCAUUAGAUAGGGAUGGGGCUUACUAUAAUUGGUUUUGUUUUAACUUAUUUCCUUUAAAACGUGUUGGAUAUUUUUUUUUUUUGGAUAUUUUAAUAGAUCAAUAAUUAUUUUAUUUAUAUUAGUGUUACAUUGGUGUUCUGGCUAAAUGAGAUGCAUGCAUUUUAACGUUGGUGUCGAGUUAACAUUGAUUAUAUACUGUUUGUUUAUAUUAGAUGCAUGCAUUUUAAUGCGGGCAGUUUAUUUAACAGUUUCAUAUAUCGGAAGAUGCAGUAUUAAUACUGUUUAUACUACUAGGGAUUAACCCGGGCUACGCCCGGGAUUUUUACUUUCUUUUAAUUUAAGUUGUUAAAUUAUUUAUAUUUAGGCUAUGAAAUAUAUUUAUAUAAAUGUUAAGAAUGCAUGCCAUACUUUAAAUUUAUUUUUAAAUUUUAACACGUUAAAUUAACAUAUUUUUUA